CAGAGCCGAGUGAACUCGACGAGUUCAAAAAUCACGCUAUCGCAUGGCGGGAAACACGUGUGACACGGUUACAUCUUUCCCGCUCAAAACAAACUCUCUCUCUCUCUCCUGCGGCUGCUAGCCUAUAUCUUAAUCCAAUUACAUCUAUCACUGGUUCAGUGUAAUCGAUUCCAUUACACACACAAUCUCUCACAGUACCCGCAGAUUUUCAAUCGCUUCGAUCUCGCACCAGCCGAAUCAUGCCGAGCAUCGCCGGAAAUGGAUCGCCCCCGUUCGCCGUCGAUGAGCUCAAGCGUACCAAAGCCGUCAAGGUCGAGAAAUCUGGAGAGGUAAGAGCCAGUGGCGACUCUACUCCUGGAAAACGAAGAUUGAGAUCCAAUUCGGCGGCGGCAGAAGAAGACGGUGGUCCGAUCGCUACGACGCCGUCUCCGACGAAGUGGAAAUCUCCUCGUAGAUGCGUCAAUGGUACCCCCAACAGUCCUGCAAAUAGAAUCACGAAAGAAUAUGGCAAUAAGCUUGGAAAAUCAGACAAGUCGCUGGUGAAAAAACUGUCUGAUGCUUUUAUUGAGAAACCAAACUGGAAUCCAAGAGAUGUGGAGCAGCUGAGUGCGGUGAAGGAUAAAUUGCACGUAUCAACGGCGCCAUGUACACUUGUGUGCCGAGAAGAUGAGCAGAAAAGGGUUUUGCAGUUCUGCAGACAAUGCAUAGAACAAGAAAAGGCUGGGAGCUUGUAUGUGUGUGGAUGUCCAGGGACUGGAAAAUCACUCUCAAUGGAAAGAGUGAAAGAGUCUCUUAUCAAAUGGGCAAAGGAGGCGGGUUUUCAGCAACCAGAUGUGUUAACUGUAAACUGUACUUCUCUUACGAAUACAUCUGAAAUUUUCAGCAAGAUAGUUGGAAAGAACCAACCCCAAAAGAAAACAACUUCACCUUUGCAGAAUCUUCAAAACUUGUAUUCUCAAAAGCAGCAAUCAGCUGGUAUGAAGAUGAUGUUGAUUAUUGCUGAUGAGUUGGACUAUUUAAUAACUAAAGACCGGGCUGUGCUUCAUGAUCUUUUUAUGCUUACAACUUUCCCAUCCUCUAGAUGUAUAUUGAUAGGAAUCGCUAAUGCUAUAGACCUAGCAGAUCGAUUUCUUCCAAGAUUGCAGUCAUUGAAUUGCAAGCCAAUGGUGGUAACUUUUCGGGCCUACUCCAAGGAUCAGAUCAUGCUGAUUCUUCAGCAGAGGUUAAAGGAUCUUCCUUACACAGUCUUCCAACCGCAAGCCUUGGAACUCUGUGCCAGAAAAGUUGCAGCUGCGUGUGGAGAUAUGAGGAAAGCUCUGUGCAUCUGCAGGAGUGCAAUUGAGAUGCUAGAAGCAGAGCUCAGGGAAUCAGUGUGCAAUUUGGAUUUGUCAUCAGCAGACAUUGGAUUCCUUGAUCAACGGUCUCAAGCUUGUGACUUAAUAAAGCAAAACAGUAGAAUUGUGAGGGUUGACCAUAUGGCUAUUGCUUUGUCAAAGACCUAUAGAUCACCAGUAGUGGACACCAUACAAUCCCUUCCACAACAUCAACAGAUCAUACUUUGCUCUGCUGUGAAGCUUUUCCGUGGGGGAAAGAAGGAUGCAACUAUAGGGGAGCUCAGUAAAUCGUACUUGGAUAUCUGCAAAUUGAUACUAAUCCCACCAGUUGGAAUUAUGGAACUUUCUAGCAUGUGCAGAGUACUAGGUGACCAGGGUAUUCUCAAACUUGGUCAGGCUCGAGAAGAUAAAUUAAGAAGAGUAACACUAAAUGUGGAUGAAGCAGAUAUCGCAUUUGCACUGCAGGGAAUUCGUGUCUUUCGGAAUUGUCUUAAUGCUGGAAACAAGAAUAUGGACUUGUGAUUUUAUUUGUGCCUUGCACUGGUGCCUGUUUCAUUUUCCAUUAGCUGCAGUCUCAUAUAAAGGUUUGUGUCAUGCUAAAAAUGCUCCAUUUGCAGAUAUCAUUGCUUUGGUGAGCUUGAUGAUGCGCCGAUACUUCAGUAUACUCAUAUAUGCGGAUACUUCAGUAUACUCAGAUAUAGGUAAAAGGUCUUGACUGAGGGAACAAUCAAAGGCGGAAACUUGAAAGCGGUUCUGCUAUUUUUAUCCAAGAGGCAGUCAUUUAAAUCAUCUCAGUUCUUUUUUAGAUUAAAAUUAUUGAAAUAAAAAAAAAUAGCUAAGUAGAAAGUCCAAAAUGAUUACAGAUUUACAUAUCUUCUUUGUAACAGAAUUCCUUGAUAAAUAGAUAUUUAUCACAUUUUUAAUAGUAAAA